AGUGUGCAAAAAGUGUUGUAAAAACCAAACCGAAAAUAGCGAAAAUACCAGAAAAAAAAAAUCAGUGCAACAGCAACGACGCGAAUACCAUCAAUACGGAACAGCUGUGCUGUGCUGUGCAUGGUGUGGGCGGCAGCGGCGGCGGGCGCGUGUGUGUAUGUGUGUGUGCAGCGAGUGCAAAACUUAAAGCGCUAGAUGGCGCUCCAGACUAUGCCAUUCUCGUGGUCGGCCCAAACCCUUGUUGUCGUCGUUGUUGUUGCUGCUGUUGCUGCGCAUAAAACGCGGAAAGGUCUCCCCCCACUCUAAACAAAAAUUAAAUUAAAUUAAAUCAAUUUCAAUCUAUUUAAUACAACAAAAGAAAUUGAACGCCCAAAGUGGGAGUGAGAGAGAGCGAGAGCGAGGAGCGAGAGAGCGCGAAGCAAACCGAAACAACAAAAGUGUCGCGUUUCAAAGUCGGAUCGGUCGCGUCGUCGUAUCCGUGCGGUUCGGUUCGGGUACGGGUUCGGUUCGGGAUCAGUUGACACUGGGUUGCACCUGAAAGCGCAACCGUUAAGAUCGCCGCUGUGCCGCUAUGCAUCGUCAACGUCGAAGCACACUCGAAGCUGGCAACAAUUUGGCGGGAGAACUCUUCAAACUGACAGCAAACAACCAAACAACCAAUUAAAAUUGUUACCUAUAAAAACAAAAAUAAUAAGUGGAGCACAAUUAUUACCCGCCCCCUCCCGAGUGCGCUCUUUUGACAAACAAUUAUUAAUAGAACGGAAAAGUGGAGUUUUCCGCAUUAAGUAAAUAUCAAUAAACAAUUCUUUCGUGGCACCAAAUAAUCCAAGAAUCGCUAGCAAUCCUGGAUUAUUUGCUAAAGACUUUGCGGACGCUGAAAUCCAAUUCGAUUAUGGCCGAGAAUCAAAGUGCGGCCAGCGAAGAUUCCGGUCAACAUCAACAACAGCAACAGCAACAACAGCAGCAGCAGCAGCAACCACUCAAUCACUCAACCACAGCGGCAACAGCAGCAGCCGCAAGCAGCACAACAAUAACCGGCGCAACAACAACAACAGCAGCAAACACUGCUGGCCAAUCAAUCAAUCAAUCGCCCACUAACUCGCAGGCCUCAUCACCGGAGAACUCGCAGGAAGCGCUACCCACAACGGCCGGCAUACGCCGACAACAGCAAUCCACAGCAGGAACAGCAGUAGCGACAGCAGCAACAGCCACAUCCGGCAGCAACAUGUUCGAUCGCACGGUGAAUGCCAAGUUCAAGCCGGGCACGGGCAAUACCGGAGCUGGCAACAAUCCGCACGCAGGACGCCGCAACUCGCUGAUGUCCACCGCACGGGGCGUGACAGUGGGCGCUGGCAGUGGCAAUAUCCGCAAGCUGACGAAGGUCAAUUCGCUGACCAGCAAUCAUCACUUUUCCGUCUGCUAUCCACCCAACAUUAAUGCGCUGCCAGAGCGCUAUCAGAACAGCAACAACUCGAACUCGAACUCGAACAACUCGGCGGCAGUGGCCGCAUUGCAGCGCACCACCAGCGAGAGUUUGCGUUUGAAUGCGCUGAAUGCGCGUGGUGCAGGUGGUGCAGGUGGCACGGUGGCAUCGGCAUCAUCGCGGGCCAGCAGCAACUCUAGCUUGGCCUCAUCCACCAACACAUCCACAUCGCUGGCACCCAAGACCAGCAGCAGCAGUGGCAGUGUCAGCAGCAGCAACACGCCACAGCAGCAACAGUCGCAGGCGAGCAGCAGCAGCAGCAGCAGCGGCGGCGGCGGCGGCAGCAGCAACAACAAGGCAAGUUCUCCCAACAAUAAUGGGGCACGCUCAAUGACAGCAACAGCAGCAGCAGCAGGAACUGGAACUGGAGCUGGUGCGGCAGCUGCAGGUGGACAUCACCAUCAGCCACAUCACCAUCAUCAUCAUCACCACCACUCGCAUCAGCAUCAUCAUCAUCCACAGCAGCAGCAGCAACAGCAACACACUAGCCACAGUCAAGGACACUCAUUAACCGUUGCCGGAUUGACAACUGGAGGAGGAGGAGGAGCAGGUGGUGGUGGCGGCGGCUCCUCGGCACCCUCCACUGGCAUCGCUGCUGUGGUGACGACCACACGCAAACCAAAGACGACUUCCUCAUUCGAGAUCACCUCGGUGACGGUGGGACACCCGAAGCUGAAUGCUGCCGGCGAUACCGGUGACGAGUCGGCCGACGAUCUGGACGAAUCUCACACGGAUGACAACAGUCGGAUAACGGAUCUGGAGAACGAGACGCCCUCAAUGUCGGAGGACACGUUCUCCAAGGAGGAGGUCUUCUAUGCCAACAAUGCACUGAGCACCAAUGCCCCGGUGAUACCCACCAGCUCGCAGUACGGCCUGGUCGUGGUCGAUCCCAUUGGCCCCUCGGCCCUCGGCCAGACCAUACAGAACGUUCAGGUGAAUGUCUCCACCGAUAAUAACAUUAUCAAUGUGGUGAGCCAUUCGGCUGUGACGCCCGCCGGCGGCAGCAAGAAGAAGGAGGGCGGCGACAACAGCAGCAGCAGCAUCAAGGAGACAACGCAGCAUCGCAGCGAACGCUUCAAGGUGGUCAAAAUUGAGUCGACGGAGCCGUUCAAGCGCGGCCGUUGGAUGUGCAUGGACUAUCUGGAUCAUUCGAGUGUGGGCAAUGGUGGUGGUGGUGGCGGUGCUGCUGGCGGUGGCGGUGGCGGUAAUAAUAAUGAAAAGACUGGCUCUUCUUCUUCCGAGGCGCUUGUUGCCGGCGGCGAUGGUGCGGCAGGCGGCGGUGCAGGUGCCGCAGCAGCUGGAGGUGCAGAUGUGCCCCAAAAGACAACCCAGAGCAUGAUACUCCCGCCCACACAUGCGCUAAUGGAGAAUCAUCUGGAGGCCAAUUCAACGGAUGCCAAUUGGAACUUUGCCACGGAGCAGCAGCAGCCGCUGCAGCAGCAGCAACAGCAGCAACAUCACCAGCAACAGCAGCAGCAACAGUCGCACCAGCAGCAGCAGCAGGCCCAAAUUGGUGGCACGCCCAGUGGCGUAAUGACAGCCCCAGCCACAGUGGUGCAUGGCAUGCAUCAGCUGCAUAUGGAGGCGCAACAGCAGCAGCAGCAGCAACUGUUCGACAGCGUCAAUGCCAAUGCCAGCUCACCCAAUCCCCCCACGGUCGAGACGCCCAUGGAUUAUGCCCAAGCGGCGGCCAUGCAGCUGCAGCAGACGCUGCAACAGCUCAAGCAGCGGGAGGAGGCCAUGGAUGUGCCACCGGGUGGCGGCGGCGGCGGCGGCUAUCAGAACUACCAGCAGAACGGCAGCGAUGCUGCCUCAGGCAACAAUAAUAACAGCAGCACGGGUGCGGCAGCAAGCGAGUCGCAGUUGCAGCAACCACUGUCGCCGGCCCCACAGACGCCACAGAUCACGCCCACAUUUGCGGCGGUAGCAGCCGCCGGACAGGCGCAAGCAACAUCCCAGAUCGAUGGGAUAGCCAGCAGCAGCCAGCAAUUCCCACAGGCAGCAGCAGCGGCAGCAGCACCACAGCAGCAGCAGCAACAGCAGCAGCAAGCCCCAACUGCAACAGUUGCAGGUGCAGCAGCAUCAGUUGCACCAGCAGCCACCCAACAGACUUCAAACACUUCCACAACAGCGGCAACGGCUGUGACCUUGCCGCUGUUAUCACACAUGACACACAGCUAUGAGCAGCCAGCCACAGUUGUGGCAGCCACGGUCGGAGCAGCAGCCGUUGCAGCAGCAGCAACGGCAGCAAUACCCACGUUGCAGCUGCAGAGUGCCCCAGCCACCAUAGUCGAUACACAGCAAUUGAUUGUCCAGCAGCAGCAGCAGCAGCAGCUGCCGGAGGAUCAGCAACAGCAACAACAGCAACAGAUACCCCCCACAAAUAUCGCGAGUGUUAGUGCCAAUAAUAAUAAUAGUAAUAUAAAUCUAACGAAUCCAAAUGUCGUCGUUGCCGUGGAGGCCACACCAUCAUCGGUGGUGGUGUUGCCCUUGACGACCGAUGACCAAUCGACAACGGGAGCAGCAGCAGCAGCAGCAGCAGCAGCGGCAGCAUCCACUGCAGCUGGAGCAGCAACAGGCGGAGCCACCACAUCGACAUCAGCAACAACACAGCAGCAAAUCCAACAGCUACAGCAGCAACCAAAUGCAGAAUCCGAGACUGAAAGUGCAUCUGGAACAAGUGCAGUUGCGAUUGACAACAAAAUCGAACAGGCAAUGGAUCUGGUCAAAUCGCAUCUCAUGAUCGCCGUGCGCGAGGAGGUUGAGGUCCUGAAGGAACGCAUCUCCGAGCUAAUGGACAAGAUCAAUAAGCUGGAGCUGGAGAACAACAUUCUCAAGUCCAACAUACCGCAGGAGACGCUGCAGCAGCUGCAGAUGCAGUUGCAGAUCGCCGGCACCCAGCAGCCGGCGGCAGUGGGCGCUCCACCGGCCACACCGGCCAUCCAGGCUCCACCCGUGGCGACAGCGGCAGUGGCAGUGGCUGCAGUCGCAGCUGGCGCCGGUCAGGUAGCGGUGGCAACGGUGGGAGCGGCUACCAGUCCCGCAACGGCAGCGGCCCCCACAACCAUUCCCAAUGGCAGCGCUGAGAAUGGCAGCGUCAUUGUCGAUGCAGUGGCAGCGGUGGAGCAGCAGGCACAGUCAGCAGCAGCGGCAGCGGCGGCGGCGGCGUCUGUUCAGACAGCGACGCCAGUGAACACGAACGGCCCCAUGUCCUAGGCUGUUGAUGUUAGUGUUAGUUUUUCUAUCCUGGAACGUAACAUGGCCGUGGCGUUCACAGACCCGGCCACUGGAAUGUGGGAAGAAUAACCGUUAAUGUAAGCUCAACUUUGUCUCUUUCGAAUGCCAGCGUCGCCGCAGCCUGCGGCACACACGGACCGAGCAAGAGGGAGAGAGCGAAGCGCAUAGCAGAGCAGAGCAGACAGCAGGACAGCAACAAUAACAGCAAUAGCAACCGCAUAGCAAACCAUUUAACAGUCUGCAAAAUGAAAGUAUUAGUUAACAGCGAAUGUUGUACGGAUAAUUCCUGUUGUUGCUGGGCUGUUCACUGUAACGCUGCGCAGCCGCUGUUUUGUUAAUUCCUCGAUUGUGAUAUUUGUUUAACACACCACCACACCACACACACACACCAACACACACACAUUUAAGCAAUUCAUACACAUACAGACCAACACACACACACACACACACCCAAACACACAUAGACUGCACGUUAGCGGCUGGUUGCGGCUGCGUGCUGUUAACGUUUGCUGUUAAGCUUAGCAGAACAAGAAGAAGAAGAAGAAUUACAGUUAGUUUUUAAAGAGGGCGCUGCUGCGCGUAGACAUGAUUUUUGUCCACCAUUCUUUGUUUGAUUAUCUUUUAUCCUUGUUUACCGUUUUGUUUCCAUGUUAUUAACGCUACAAAUAAAACGUGAAAAAAAAUACCCCCAUAUAAAAUACCAUGUAGAUGUAUACUGUAUACUAUGUACUGGCCCCAAAAUAAUACUUGCAGAAAGUAGAAUUUUAGCCAAAAAACAAAACAAAACUAAAAACAAAAAACAGCAGCCACAGUAAAAACAACACGCAAAUCAAUAAACUGUAUAAGAGAGGAGGAGUGCUUGGGAAAUGAAGAAUGAUAGUGAAGAGUGAAGGAUAAUGAAAGGAAAUGUAAAGAAAAAUAUGUGAUAAUUUGCAUUGUGCAGUCAGAGACAUAAGAUGUAAAUUGUAAAAAAGCGAAAAAUGCGAAAGAGAAGCGAGAAAGUAAAAUUCAAAUUUCCACACAAUAUUUAAACAUGAUACAACAAAAAAAAAAAAACCAGCUGCUAUUUUUAUAAUUUAUAUUUCAAAACUUACUUUUAUUGUAUAAAAACAAAACAACAAAAACAAACAAACAACAACAAAGCAAACGCAAAAACUACACAACAAAUAUUAACUAAAUCAUAAUUAUGCAUGUUUCAAAUUAAACAACAAAACAAAGGAAAAAACA